AUGGAGAGCGAGAAGAAGAGGAGAAAAUACUCCACGAGCAGCAAUGACUCCGACACCACCGACAGUCAGGUGACCUCGUGGUCCAGGUCAUCCAAGAAUACGGGCACCAGCAGCACAUGGGUCCGCCACCAGCACAAGAAACCAUCAGAGGUGUUUCGUACUGACUUCAUCACAGCCAUGAAGCUGCCGGACUCGGCCCAGCUCGGCCCGGACGACUUCUACGUGCUCUCAGACCCCUGGAGACAAGAGUGGGAGAAGGGAGUACAGGUCCCUGCCAACGUGGAGGCCAUCCCGGAGCCUGUGGUCAGGUUGCUGCCGGAGUCCUCAGGUGGCCUGAGCAACAACAGGCAGGAGAGGGAGGGUGACACCCAGCCUCCUCCCACCCAGCUCUACAGUUGCUAUGACCUGGAUGAUCUGGAUGUCGCCUGGCUGGAGCUGGUUAACCAAGAGUUCAGACAGAUGGCCUUACCGGAGCUGGAUGAGCUGACGAUGGAGUGUGUUCUGGUUGAGCUGGAGAGUGUGUGUGAGGAGAAGAUGCAGCAGGCGAUCGAGACGGAGGAAGGCCUGGGCAUCGAGUACGAUGAGGACGUGGUGUGCGACGUCUGCCGCUCGCCAGAGGGAGAGGACGGCAACGAGAUGGUCUUCUGCGACAAGUGCAACGUCUGUGUUCAUCAGGCAUGUUAUGGCAUCCUGAAGGUACCCCAGGGGAACUGGCUGUGUCGGACCUGCGCUCUGGGCGUCCAGCCCAAAUGUCUGCUCUGCCCCAAGAGAGGGGGGGCCCUCAAGCCCACCCGCAGUGGAACCAAAUGGGUCCACGUCAGCUGUGCCUUAUGGAUCCCUGAGGUGAGUAUAGGCUGUCCAGAGAAGAUGGAGCCCAUUACCAAGGUGUCCCACAUCCCCGCUAGCCGCUGGGCUCUGUCCUGCAGCCUGUGCCGAGAACACACAGGAACCUGCAUACAGUGCUCCAUGCCCUCCUGCAUUGUGGCCUUCCAUGUGACGUGCGCCUUCGACCACGGCCUGGAGAUGAGGACCAUCCUGGCCGAGAACGACGAGGUGCGCUUCAAGUCCUUCUGCCUGGAGCACAGCUGCACCGCCAGCAACAGCAGUGCAACCGCCAACAACACCUCCGCUUCCACCGGCGUGAGUAACGGCAACCAUGCCGCCAUUUCCACCACCAACGGAACACACGGCACACCCAGACCUGACUGGACCGCUGCUGGCGUCGGUUCUGAGCCCUGGCCAAACCAGCACCAACCGAACGGCAACAGUGACCUGGAGCAGAGGCCAGUAUCGUAUCCGGUUCCGGUGUCGGCGUCAGAGCGAGCUGAGCGGGACCAGCUGGAGAGAGAGAAAGUGGACUUUUUGUAUCAGUUCUGGAAGUUGAAGAGGAAGGCCAACUUUAAUCGACCUCUGGUGACCUUAAAGAGGGAUGAGGUGGACAACCUGGCCCAGCAGGAGCAGGAUGUCCUCUACAGACGCCUCAAACUCUUCACACACCUCCGACAAGACCUGGAGAGGGUGCGUAACCUGUGUUACAUGGUGACACGGAGGGAGAAAAUGAAACACACCCUGUGUGACCUCCAGGAGAAGAUCUUCCACCUGCAGAUACAACUACUAGAAGAGGACAUGGCUGGAGGUAAGAGAGAGAAAACACAAGUGUGA